UAGUCAAGUCGUCAAAUCGAGUCGAGUGUGUUGUGAGGUACUGUGGUCCCAGUUGUUGCUCACGGAUUUUUUGGAUAACCGCUCCACGCCUGUGCAUGUACGUGCGAGAUUGAUUUAGGUCCACGCCAAGGGCAGAGGACGAUUCAUGAACGCGGCGACGAUAACGCCGGAUUCGCCGCUGCAAUCUCGAUACAACGACAUUUCCGGAAGGCGAAUCAACGUCCGCUCGCGGAAUUUUUGGCACUGACGGCACGCCAUUCAAAAGAACCUAUCUUCUGUAAUAAUCUAUAUUUAAACAUGUCAGAAGAACAUCAGUUGCCUUCUGAUUCAGAUGAAGAUGAUGAAGAUUAUGUUCCUGAUGGCGCUGACAGUGAUCCAGUGUCUGAAGUAGAAUCUGAAGGUGAUAUUGAGAGUGGUCCAGAGGAUGAAAAUGAUGAAAACAAAAGAGAAAGAGGAAAGAAAGGUGCAAAGAGGUCUAAGAAUCGGAAGAGCAAAAAGGCAAAGCGCAGAAGAACUUUAGAAAAAUCUAAAGUAUCAGAAGAAGAAAGUAAAGAGGAAGAAGAAUGUAAAGAGAAAAAAGAGCUCACUGAAGAAGAAGAAAAAAAGAGAGCAGAUUCUCUUUGGGCUGACUUUAUGAAGGAUACAGCUGUUGUAUCGAAGUCCAAGCCACAGAAUUCAAUCAGCAGAUCGAAUGACAAAUCAGCACCGACCCAGAAGCCGAAAGUCCAAGAAAAAGUCAAGAUAACUAAAGUUUUUGAAUUUGCGGGUGAAGAAGUAAAGGUCGAGAAGGAAGUAUCCGUUGAUUCAGCGGAGGCCCGAUUAUCUCUUUCAACGGCCGAAAAUUCCGCCACGAAGCCACCUGAAUCCGCAUCUCCCGCGAUCAAAGAACGCGGACGAGGCGGUAUCAGGCGCGUCGGAUUAGGCGGCAUCUCUUCGGUUCUAGGACAAAUUGGAAAAAAGGCUAAAAUUAGUACAUUAGAAAAGUCUAAAUUAGAUUGGGACAACUUUAAGAAACAAGAAAACAUUGAGGAAGAACUUAAUACUCAUAACAAAGGCAAGGAUGGAUAUUUAGAACGGCAAGAUUUUCUGCAAAGAGCAGAUCUACGGCAAUUUGAAAUCGAAAAACAAUUACGAAAUACUAGUAGACGUAGUACGCGGUAAAUUUGCAUUUCCUCGUUUAUAUGUCUCUUCGAGAUGGGACAUGGAGAUAACAAUAUCAUGGUAGAAGAUAUUUACUCGCCAAUUUGCCAAACUCGAACGCUUGUUGCACACGUUUAGCCUAAUUCAUUCGAGUUUUGCGCUACAUUUUGAGUAAUGUGAAUAAAAGGAGCCUCGUUUGACUCGAUAACGUGCUAACUACGAUAGCGAUCGGUGAUUUUUUUGAGGAACCGAUUAUUCCAGUGUUUUGAGACUCAUUUCUCAUGCGUACGUAAUAUACAUAAUAGCUUAAUUUACUCUCAGCGAGCCUUUGUCUCGGCCUGAUAAUUGCACAGAACUUCGCAUCGAAGCAGAUUGUUUGAAGCUUUUGACGCUUCUUGAAAAAAUUGUGCCCAUGUAGAAUAUAUCCAUAAAAUAUUUUUUUAUUUCAUUUCACUAGAACGCGAUACGUUUGCGUGUGUAGUAUCAAUAUACGCGACAUUCUAAUAAUAACGAUUAGUCGAACGUUACGAGUGAGAAUGAAGGAAUAUGUGUUUUAGGUAAUAUAACAAAAUGAUAACAUAAUGACAUUAAUUGACCUCAUUCAUGACCACUGCCUUUGGCAAUUGUAUGUGGAAUAUUUAUAAAUGGACCUCUCAUAAUAGAUAGUAUAUAGAUUAUGUUGAAAUAGUUGUGGCGAAUUUUGUAUAUCAUCUUUGUCUCAAAUUGUUAUAUAAGAAGAUAGUUCAACA